UCACUGAUUGGUUGUCCGCACUGCCCCAACAAAUGCACUACCGGGAUUGAAACUAUCGAACGCACCUUUGCACAACAUCGGCAGCGAAAAAGCAUCUGUACCGACCGUAUCAGAGCCCCCACGUGUUGUUGUUUUCUUACUCUUUGCGGUAUAAGUUAAUAUUGCGCGGACAUUCAUGGCGAAGAGACGGGCCGAGCACACUCUGCUGCACGGCGCCCCCUCCAAAAGAUGUCACCUCUCUCUCAGCGGUGCAGACCAGCCGCUGCAGAGCACGGCCCCGACCGGGGGCCUGAGUCCACCGUCCCUUUUGGAUUUGAUGGGGACCCGCUGCAGAAAGAGGCCCCGCUACCCGGCAGAAGACCCAGAGAAACGCGAAGAAGGAGCCCCCCUCCGCCGCGAACCCGCCAACUGCGACACGAGGAAGCAUGCGGCCAAUCUUUUGACUGUGCGCCCUUCUGGCGGCGUCCCGGGCCGCCGCAGCUCCGGCGCGGCCUCCAGCGCCGAGAAACGAGCCCGAGGUGACCGCGCGGGUUCAGAGGCCGUCACCCCUAAAGCCAACGAUAAAGCAGGUGACUACAACGCCACUGAAGACAGCGCUUAUAACUCCUUCCAGUACUGGAGGGCCCCCUUACCUGAACUCAACCUCUCACUGCUGGACGAUCCUAGCCCUUCCACUACUAAAGACGAGCCUAAAUAUAAAGACUCCUCCUCUGAAUUCAUGGAGACAUGAAGAUUGCAGGUGGAAGCCUGUCUGCUCUACUCUGCCCUUGCACAAGCAUGCAUUUGCUUUAAAUGUAUCCAGGAAAGAUGUGACAUCCUGAUGGGAGCCCUGUCGGGGAACCUCAUGCUGGUCUGAGAUCGCAGUGGCUUCGGGGAAUCAACACUGAGAUCCUCACCGCCGUAUACUGUUGUUUCAGUGGUGACCAAAACCGUGUUGUAUAGUCUGAUGUAGUAAGAAUGACUCAUACUUUUGUCUUUUGCAAAUAUAGUAUUUUAUUAAUAAAUAAUGUUAAUAAACGGUGUGAUAACAGUUCACAUCAUAAUCACA